GCCGCUACCACCCCGACCGCUACCGGCCCGAGCCCGGCGACCAGAGCGCCGAGGAGGCGUUCUUGCUGGUGGCCACCGCCUACGAGACUCUCAAGAUAUUGGUGGUUAUGUUCCAGUCCUCCUGCGUAUACCCAAGAGGAUUGGGGAUGGAUGGACACCAGCAGAAGCAGCAUUUAUUCCUGUAGAGAUUAGAAACAAGGAGUUUAUUGCCAUGCUUGUCAAGGCUCAGGACAGAGAGGAGGAAGAAACAAGUGUAAAGGUUUUGAUUUUGAAAAGAAGUUGGACUCUCCUGACCCUGGGACCUUAAGAUCCUCAAAAUUGCUGAAAGAAAAAGUACUACCUUACUGAAAGGAUGAAGAGACACGAAAAGAUUAUGACUACAUGCUGGAUCAUCCAGAAGAGUACUACAGCCAUUACUACCACUACUACAGCAGGCGUCUAGCCCCCAAAGUGGAUGUUAGGAUAGUGAUUUUGGUCAGUGUGUGUGCUAUUUCAGUGUUUCAGUAUUUCAGCUGGUGGAAUAGCUACAAUAAAGCAAUCAGCUACCUAGCCACAGUGCCCAAGUACCGUAUCCAGGCAAUAGAGAUUGCCAAGGAGCAGGGACUGCUCAAAAAAGCCAAAGAGAAAGGCAGAAACAAAAAAUCCAAAGAGGAAAUGCGUGAUGAGGAGGAGAACAUCAUCAAGAACAUUAUCAAAAGUAAAAUAGAUAUAAAAGGAGGCUACCAGAAACCUCAGAUACGUGAUCUUCUCCUGUUUCAAAUUGUCUUAGCUCCUUUUCAUCUGUGCUCGUAUAUAGCCUGGUAUUGCCGGUGGAUCUAUAACUUUAACAUCAAAGGCAAAGAGUAUGGGGAGGAAGAGAGACUAUAUAUUAUACGUAAAUCUAUGAAGAUGUCACAGUCUCAGUUUGAUAGCCUAGAAGAUCAUCAGAAAGAAACUUUCCUUAAACGGGAGCUGUGGAUAAAGGAAAAUUAUGAGGUUUACAAACAAGAACAAGAGGAAGAAUUAAAGAAAAAACUGGCAAAUGACCCCAGAUGGAAGAGGUACAGGAGGUGGAUGAAGAAUGAAGGACCUGGACGGUUGACAUUUGUGGAUGAUUGAAGAUUGAUGAAAUACUACUAUGCCAAACCUUAAUCAUGAUAUUAUUUUCAUAACUGAAUUAUUUUAAAAAUUUAUCAACAGCCCCUCAGCAGUAAAAUUCCUCAAGUAUUUGGUUAAACAGAAUAAUGUAGAAAUUUAAACUUUCCCUUAAAACUUUAUACAUAAGACAUUUAUGAUUGUUCAGUUUUUAUAAUCUAUUUGUGUAUUUUGUUAAAAGAUUUGGCAUGAGGAUUUAUUGCCCUUUAAAAAUUUUAUAUGUUAAAAAAAUGUGACAUGAAAAUUUAUUAGACACCAUUUAAAAUUUU